CCUGUUCUGGAUUCUACUUCCCAGCCACCAACUCUCUUUGAUGGGACCACCAGGCUCUAUAUGUGUUACACAUGCCCAUUUGCGCAACGCACCUGGAUUACUAGAAACUGUAAGGGACUGCAGGAAAAGAUCAAGUUGGUUCCAAUUGAUCUGCAAAAUAGGCCAGCAUGGUACAAGGAGAAGGUUUACCCCCCAAAUAAGGUACCCUCUUUGGAGCAUAAUAAUGAAGUCAAAGGAGAGAGUUUGGAUUUGAUAAAAUAUAUUGAUGCUCAUUUUGAGGGCCCUGCAUUGCUUCCUGAUGAUCCUGCAAAGCGGCUGUUUGCUGAGGAGCUGUUCUCUUACGCUGAUUCUCUUAACAAAAUUAUGUUCACUGCAUUAUCCUCGAAAGAAGAUGUGGGUGAUGAAGUUGGUGCUGCCCUCGAUAAAGUAGAAGAUGCCCUUUCCAAAUUUGAUGAUGGUCCUUUCUUCCUUGGCCAAUUUAGUCUGGUUGAUAUUGCAUAUGCUCCUUUUAUGGAAAGGUAUCAGAUUCUCUUUUCAGAUGUAAAAAACUAUGACAUCACCAAAGGAAGGCCC